UUCUCUUCAUUCCAAAAAACCACCUUCAAAACACACACACAAACAAAAACACAAAAAUGAUGAUGAUCAAUCCAACGGUCCAGAUUCCACCAUGGUUAGACAACAACCACCACAGCAACAUUAAUAUGUGUAACGAGAUGUUUGAAGAACUAGAAGCAAUGGCACAACAAUACGACGGCGUUUUGGAUGAUGAAUCAGAUGAAACACUGCUUACAAUGGGUACAUACACGUGUGAUCAUUUCCGUAUGUAUGAAUUCAAAGUAAGAAAAUGUGCACGUGGCAGGUCACAUGACUGGACCGACUGUCCGUACGCCCACCCAGGUGAAAAGGCCCGACGUCGUGACCCGAAAAAGUUCCAUUAUUCGGGUAACCCGUGUCCGGAGUUCAGGAAGGGCACGUGCCGGAAUGGUGACACGUGUGAAUACGCACACGGCGUAUUUGAGUGUUGGUUACACCCGUCUCGCUAUCGUACGCAGCCUUGUAAAGACGGGGUUAGCUGCCGCCGUCGGAUCUGUUUCUUUGCUCACACUCCUGAACAGCUCCGAGUUUUGGGAAACGUGAACUCACUUCCGAGUCAAAAGAUUGAUUCUUAUGAUGGGUCACCGAGUCGACUCAGUCUUGACUCGGGGUUCGGUUACCCUGGUUUGUCAUUCGGGUCGUCUCCGACUUCGACGCUUUUCCCGGUCCCCAUAUCGCCGCCGAUGUCUCCCAUUGGUCAAAACUCGGUCAACGAGCUGACGUCAUCGGUUAGGAAUAUGCGGAUCGGGUCUGGAUUUGGGUCGCCACGGAAUAUGUCGACACUUCGACCCGGGUUUGCUAGCUUGCCAUCUACUCCAACAAGAAAGUCGAUACUUGACCCGACCCGGGAGCUCAACCGGGAUUCGGGUCGACCCGUUAAUGUGUUUGAUUUGUGGGAAAGAAUGAAUGAGGAAGAAGAACCAGUGAUGGAAAGGGUGGAAUCUGGGAAGGAUAUAAGGGCGAAAAUGUAUGCCAAACUGUGUAGAGAAAACUCAUUGGCAGGUCGGGUUGAAAGUUCGGGUACGGAUUGUGGGUCAUGGGUGGGUUGGAAUUGAUGUCUAUGGGUUAUGUGAAUAUAUGUUGUUGAAUGUUGAUGAUAAUGAUGGGAUGAUUUUUAAUGUUUUGUUAAUAUUAAGAUUAGUAGGGGAAAAAGAGAUUAAGAAGGUGAUUAAGUCUCAGGUUUUGGAAAUGUGUAGAAAGGAGACAAAAGGCAAAAACUAAUUACUCUAUGCUUUAUUGAUUUUUCUAUUUUGUUGAUGAUUUCUUGUACAUGUGAAUCUUAUGUUCUAUUGGAUUUAUGAAUGAAUAUUGCUCCCUUUUCCCCUAAA